AUGAAUGACAGGAACGUUAAUGGCUGUGACGGCCAACUAUCGCAACAUGGAUCCAAUGUUGUCUUUUGUGCAAAUGAUGAGGAUGAGGGAAAACAAACUGAAAAAGAACUUCAAGAAGAAACUGGCAAUAACGAGAUUACAUUUGUGUAUGGCAACGUGACACAGGACGAUGAUGUCAAGCGGGUCAUAUCGACGGCCAUAGAAAAAUACAAACGAAUUGAUUGUCUCAUCAACAAUGCUGGAACACAUCCACCGCAUGCAACUAUAGAUAAUAUAUCAUCUGAGCAGUUUAAUUCCCUGAUUAACAUCAAUCUUACUGGAUACUUUAGAUUUUGCAAGUUCACAUUACCAGCUCUUAGAAAGGUUCAGGGAUGCAUCAUAAAUAUUGCCAGUUUAGUAGCGGAACUAGGAGACUAUCAUGGGGUUGAAUACAGUGCGUCCAAGGGUGGCAUUGUUUCAAUGACAAAAGCACUAGCCGUUGACGAAGCUGAACAUCGUGUUCGUGUUAAUUCUGUGUCUCCUGGAAACAUACGUACUCCACUGCUGGACUAUAUGUGUUCGUUGGAACCUGACCCAGAAAAGGCGCUAAAGGACUGCGACAACACGCAGAUACUUGGAAAUAUUGGAGAAGGGCGGGAUAUUGCCAUGGCAUGUUUAUACCUAGCAGCUGAUGCUCCGUUUGUAACAGGAACAAACCUAAACGUUUCUGGUGGUGCAGAGGUCGGAUUUGGAAACAAAAGUGAACCAUGUGUUUGACUGCAGUUAUACUUAGAGUCAUUUCACCAGAAGACUUUGACUUCUUUAUUUUAAACUGUGACAAACAGUGACAGUACAUGCUAUCCGUCGACAAUUUAUAAAAUUUCAUUAGACAAUAUAAACCUCCAACUUAAA